AUGCCUCUACCAAAGCUGCACCACGUCGAACACGACGAAGGCUGCUGCGCAGUAGCCGCAACAGUGGUGACGAUCGACAACCUCUUCUAUGAGCAGAGUCUUGGGCGUACAGGGCGUGCCUUCUUCUAUGGAGCCCUGAUUGCUGCUGAUUACAAGCUCAACUUCAAUCCGCAUAAUGUAGACCACAUCGAAACGCUGCACGAGCGCGUCGCUAGAAGGCUGCACUAUAUCUGCACCAAGAACGGGGGCGGAUUCAUCAAGCUCGGUCAAUCCCUCGCCAUCCAGGCUGCCGUCCUUCCCCGACCAUAUAGGGAAGCGUUCGCGACCAUAUUUGAUGCGGCACCCCAGAUCCCGUAUGAAGACGUGGAAAAGGUGUUCAAGAAGGAGUUUGGUAUCACGCCAGAAGAGGCGUUCGAGGUCUUCGAAAGGCGCGCGAUUGCGAGCGCGAGUAUUGCUCAGGUGCACAAGGCGAAGCUGAAGGAUACUGGAGAAUGGGUUGCUGUCAAGGUCCAAAAGCCUGCAAUACCUGUUCAGAUCGAAUGGGAUCUCUUCUCCUAUCGCUCGCUGCUUUACGUCUACGAGAAGCUAUUCGACAUUCCUUGCUACUGGAUGGCCGACUACAUAACUGACCAAAUACGGAAUGAGACUGACUUUGCGAACGAAGCCCGGAACGCAGAGAGGACGCGUGCGUUGGUCGAGUCCGAGCCUUCCUUGCGGGACAAGGUGAUUGUCCCCCGCGUAUUCCCAGAGUGGACCAGCACAAGGGUUAUGACAGCCGAGUUCUAUGACGGCGCGAGGUUGACGGACAGAGGGAGGUUGGCGGCUUGGGGAAUCCCUGCGAAAGAAGCGAUGAACAUUGCUCUCAAUACCUUCUCCGCCAUGAUCUUCUCUUGGGGAUGGGUACAUUGUGAUCCCCAUCCCGGUAACGUCCUAGCACGUAGAGAUCCGAAGCACCCCACCAAACCCCAAAUCAUCCUGAUCGACCACGGUCUCUACAUUCCCCUCUCCGAAAAGUUCAGACACGAGUACAGCCUGCUCUGGCGCUCGUUGUUCGCUAUGGACACGGAUACAGUGGACCAAAUAGCCAAGGCUUGGGGAAUAGGCAAUUCAGACAUGUUCGCAUCAGCGACUCUCCUCCGACCCACGAGGUUAAAGCGCAAACAACCGGAAAAGAAGGUCGAAGAGCCCCAGACGCAAAUGUCCCGUUUCGAACAAGAACGAAGCUUGAAAGUGCUCCUCAAAACUCUGCUUGAGAACGAGCAGUUGAUCCCACGGGAGAUCAUCUUUAUCACACGAACGAUGCGGAUGAUGCAAGCGAACAAUCAAGCACUUGGCUCGCCCUCGAACAGGAUCAACAUCCUCGCUCACUGGGCAGUGACAGGGUUGGCGACACAUCCACCCGUUCCUCUUCCCCAGGGCCCGGCGGCGUUCGCUCUCUCCCAUGCGCUCUUCACGCCCGACGCGCUUAUGCGCUGGGUUAAGAGGACACUACAAGUUUGGAUGUUCGGUGUGACGGUGUUUGUCAUUGACUUGACCUUUUGGGUGACGAGGAUACGGCAAUGGUUUAGCAGGGACAAUGAUGGGUUUGAGGAAUUACUGCAGAAGCAGCUGACGGGGAUGGCAAAGGAUGACCUCGGGAUCGACCUCGAUCAGGACGCAUUUGCAGGAUGAGGAGGAUGUACACAGAAGCAACUAGUAUCACCGCUCUUAUAUAUGUUACAAUAACAACGACACUGUACAUCCUAAUCGCAUCAACAUUGC